GUAGAAGAGUAGAAGAUUAGCAGACUGCUCGCUCAUUUUACUAAACAGCCCCUCUUCUUCGUAUAUCUAUCUCCUGCUCCCUCGCUUUGCAAUCUAAUCAUUCAGGCCGAAACAAGAACAACCGCAGUUAACCAGCAAUGGCAGGAGUAGUGAGGAGGAUCAAGUUGGGUUCUCAAGGCCUUGAGGUCUCCGCUCAAGGACUUGGCUGCAUGGGCAUGUCCGCCUUCUACGGCCCUCCCAAGCCCGAUGAAGACAUGAUCGCUCUCCACCAUGCCGUCGCCACCGGCGUCACCUUCCUCGACACCUCCGACAUCUACGGCCCCUACACCAACGAAAUUCUCCUUGGCAAGGCUCUCAAGGGAGGGGUACGGGACAAGGUUGAAUUGGCCACAAAAUUCGGUAUCAGCUUUGCGGAUAACAAGAGGGAGAUUCGAGGUGACCCUGCGUAUGUGAGAGCUGCUAUCGAGGGUAGCCUGAAACGCCUUGGCGUUGGUUCUGUUGAUCUCUAUUAUCAGCAUCGGGUUGACACCCGUGUCCCCAUUGAAGUCACAGUUGGGGAAAUGAAGAAACUAGUUGAAGAGGGUAAGAUAAAGUACAUUGGUCUAUCGGAGGCCUCAGCUUCCACAAUAAGAAGAGCGCAUGCUGUUCAUCCAAUAACAGCUGUGCAGUUGGAGUGGUCAUUGUGGUCAAGAGAUGUGGAGGAAGAUAUAAUUCCUACUUGCCGGGAGCUUGGCAUUGGUAUUGUUGCAUACAGUCCUCUAGGAAGAGGAUUCUUUUCAUCAGGUGCUAAGUUCGUCGACAAUCUAGCCAAUGAUGAUUUCCGAAAGUAUCUACCCAGGUUCCAAGCGGAGAACCUAGAGCAUAAUAAAACAAUAUUCGAGCGGGUUAGUGAUCUUGCAGCAAGGAAGGGGUGCACCCCAUCUCAGCUAGCACUGGCCUGGGUUCAUCACCAAGGGAAUGAUGUGUGUCCUAUACCCGGAACCACCAAGAUUGAGAAUUUUAACCAGAAUAUUGGAGCUCUAUCUGUGAAACUGACACCAGAAGAAAUGGCUGAGCUUGAAUCUUAUGCUUCAGCAGAUGCGGUUAAAGGAGGCAGAUAUAUGGAUGACUUUAGUACUUGGAAGAACUCUGAAACUCCGCCACUGUCUUCAUAAGAGCCACAUGAGUAUGUGCAGUGCCACUGUCUUCAUGUCAUGGUGUUGUCUCUGCAUUUUAUGCUCUUCUGAAUAUCCUUGCGGUUCCGAGAAUAAGUAGUGUAUGCUACAUUGUAUGUUAUGGCUGAGUCUGAGACAAUAGACAUUUUGUACGCAAAUUUCCUCGUGUUUUUGUAUCAAAACUUUGAACUCUUUUUAACUUAAUUUUGGACAUGGUUGCGUCUUAGCUUCAA